CGCGGGGUCUCCAAUCUGCCAUUUUCUGUCCCUGAAUAAGUCUCUGGCGUCCCGAAUUCCGUCUGUUUUUCUCACAGGCUGUGUCCCGUCCGCUGGCCCACCACCUCAGGGGAACGAUGGCCGCAGAGUCCACAGCCACUGCCGCCAUCACCGCGGAGCUGGUUUCUGCCGACAAAAUUGAAGAAGAUGCCCCUGCUCCUUCUACUUCUGCAGAUAAAGUGGAGAGUCUGGAUGUGGAUAGUGAAGCUAAGAAACUCUUGGGAUUAGGACAGAAACAUCUGGUAAUGGGUGAUAUUCCUGCAGCUGUCAAUGCCUUCCAGGAAGCAGCUAGUCUUUUAGGUAAGAAGUAUGGAGAGACAGCUAAUGAAUGUGGAGAAGCCUUCUUUUUUUAUGGGAAAUCGCUUUUGGAGUUGGCAAGAAUGGAGAAUGGUGUGUUGGGAAAUGCCCUGGAAGGUGUGCAUGUGGAAGAGGAGGAAGGAGAAAAAACAGAAGAAGAAUCUCUGGUAGAAAAUAAUGAUAACAUAGAUGAGGAAGCAAGGGAAGAGUUGAGAGAACAGGUUUAUGACGCCAUGGGAGAAAAAGAAGCCCAAAAAACAGAAGACAAGUCUCUGGUAAAGCCUGAAAUGGAUAAAGAACAGGAAACUGAAAUGGAGAAGGGUGGAAGAGAAGAUAUGGAUAUCGGUGAGCCUGCAGAGGAACUACAGGAGAAAGUUAAAUCAGCUCCAGAUCAGUUAACUGAAACCACUGAAGAAGGAAAAGGAGCAGCGGCACCAGAAGAAUUGAGUGAAGCUGAAGUCACUUCUAAGAAGCCAGAUCAGGAAAUACCGGGUGCUGAGGAAGGAAAAUCAGUUUCUGAAACUGACGUCCAAGAAGAGUGCAGAGAAAAAGGGGGUCAGGGAGAAGUAAUUGUGAGCAUAGAGGAGAAACCAAAAGAAGCUUCAAAAGAACAACCUGUUGUGAUUCUAGAAAAGCAGGGCACUCCAGUGGAGAUAGAAGCAGUCAAGCCAGUGGAGAUGGGUGGGGAUGAGCCAAAGGAGCAGGUAGCUGCCUCUGAAAGUGAACCAGGAAAGGCUAUUCUUGAGCAGUUGGUAGGACAAGAAUUGCCUUCUGCCGAAGAGUCACCGGAGGUGACAACACAGGCUGCAGAUGCCUCAGCUGCAGAAGCCGGAUCAGAAGUCUCUGAGAAGCCUGGAGGGCAGGACACUGUUCUCCCUCAGGAUGGUGCAGUCAAUGGACUGUCAGCUGCAGGGGAUCACGCCUCCACUAAACCACAGACUAAUGCAGAAGGACUGAUAGGAACAAAAGAUGGCUCAGCACUAGAGAAGGGCAGGGCAGAGUUGGUUCCUAGCCAGGAGACUAAGCUGUCUAUAGAAGAGUCUGAGGCAGCCGGAGAUGGGGUGGAGACUGAGGUGGCCCAGGGGGCUACUGAGCAAUCCCCUGAAGACAAAGUUAAGAUAGCUGCUAAUGAAGAAGCACAAGACAAAGAAGAACAGAUGAAAGAGGGUGAAGAAACCGAGGGCUCAGAAGAGGAGGAUAAAGAAAAUGACAAGGCUGAAGAAACACUAAAUGAUUCAGCUCUUGAAAACAAGUCCCUUCAAGAAAAUGAAGAGGAGGAGAUUGGGAACCUAGAACUUGCCUGGGAUAUGCUGGAUUUAGCAAAGAUCAUUUUUAAAAGGCAAGACACGAAGGAGGCUCAGCUUUAUGCUGCGCAGGCACAUCUUAAACUUGGAGAAGUUAGUGUUGAAUCUGAGAAUUACCUCCAAGCUGUGGAGGAGUUCCAGGCUUGCCUAAACCUGCAGGAACAGUAUCUGGAAGCCCAUGAUCGGCUCCUUGCAGAGACUCACUACCAGCUGGGCUUGGCCUACGGGUACAACUCCCAGUAUGAUGAAGCAGUAGCACAGUUCAGCAAAUCUAUUGAAGUCAUUGAGAAGAGAAUGGCUGUACUAAAUGAGCAGAUGAAGGAGGCUGAAGGAUCACCUACUGAAUAUGAGAAAGAAAUUGAGGAGCUGAAGGAGCUGCUCCCUGAAAUUAGAGAGAAGAUAGAAGAUGCAAAGGAGUCCCAGCGUAGUGGGAAUGUAGCUGAACUGGCUCUGAAAGCAACUCUGGUGGAGAGCUCUACUUCAGGUUUCACUCCUAGUGGAGGAAGCUCUUCAGUUUCCAUGAUUGCCAGUAGAAAGCCAACAGAUGGUGCUUCCUCAUCAAAUUGUGUUACUGAUAUUUCCCACCUUGUCAGAAAGAAGAGGAAACCAGAGGAAGAGAGCCCCCGGAAAGAUGAUGCAAAGAAAGCCAAACAAGAGCCAGAGGUGAAUGGAGGCAGUGGGGACACUAUUUCCACUGGAACCGAAGUUGCUGAAAACAUGGAGGAGGAGGCUGAGAAUAAAGCUGAAAGCCGGGCAGCAGUGGAGGGGACAGUGGAGGCUGGAGCUACAGUUGAAAGCACUGCAUGUUAAGAGAGGGAGCAGAGCCUUCCUCCCAAUGGAAAGUGUUUUUGUAUAUAAUGUAUUUUUUCACUUUUUGGGGAUUCUUUUUGUAUAACUUCAAUAAAGAUUGUAAGCAAAGGUU